AAGUAAACCCCGGAGGUUAUGAUAAAAUCCACAACCAGGCACUAGAGCAAACUGUCGACUGAAAUGCUGACGGAGAGCGAUGGUGGUCGCUGAGCUCGCCUCCGCCGUUUCUUUGCAGCUUCCCCCAUUCACCCCUUUCUCCUUCAACUCCAUAUCCUUCACGUUUAUGUGCUCAGGGAAUUUCAUUUUCGGUCACUUUGUCGCCACUCGUAACUGGACCGGCGGAUGCCGCUGUUGACCUUCCCUCUUCCGGAGUCGUUGUCUUCUCUAGGGUUCGAGCUGCCGUGAUCCGCUUUGUGCUGGAGUUUCUGCUCCGAGGUUCGAUGCGAUGCAGCAAGAUUUUGAUAUAAAUAAGUUGAGCCAAGAAGCUCAAAUACGUUGGUUGAAGCCUGUAGAAGUUCUGUAUAUUCUGCAGAAGCAUGAGAAACUUAAGAUAACAGAGCGACCCCCUCAAAAGCCACCUAGCGGCUCUUUAUUCCUUUUCAACCGCAGGGUGCUUCGCUAUUUUCGUAAUGAUGGACAUUUGUGGCGGAAAAAGACAAAUGGAAAGACAGUUCGUGAAGGGCAUGAGCAUCUUAAGGUUGGAAAUUCUACAGUAUUAAACUGUUAUUAUGCUCACGGAGAGCAAAAUUCUAGUUUCCAAAGGAGGAGUUAUUGGAUGCUUCAUCCGGCCUUUGAGCACAUAGUUCUUGUACACUACAGAGAGGUUGUCGAGGGAAGAUGCAUGCCUGAAUCAAUCUUAAGUUGUUCAAAUGAUUCUUGUCCAACUCUCAGAUACGGUGAUAACAUCUGUGAUAGUCAAGAAAAUUUCUCUUCUCAUGCCACUGGAUUCAAUGAUACUGGUCAAAAUUCAAAGAGUCCUGGAUCGGCAGAAGAAGUCAGUUCUCAAUUAGCUAGAAGGCAUUUCAAGAUAUCUCAUUUAAACAAAAUGGACCGAUCAGAAUCAUCCAACAUAUUAUCACUAUCAGAAUUCAAUCAAGCACUAAGGAAGCUUGAACAGCAGUUAAGUUUAGACAGUGACGAUGAUGGUUUAGCCUUUACCAUGGAAACAUCCCUCCCACUCAGUCAAGUGGAGGCACUUAAGCAUCCUCCAAAAAUUUCAAAUAGCUAUCCUGAAGAUGGAGCACAACCCAAUGAUAUAUCGAUUGGUUCAGUUGGUUUAGAGUGGCUUCAUUCUCCUUUUCUGCAAUCCUAUAUCUCUGAAGCAGAUGACGACAGAGACAUCUACAAUCUGCCGACACAAGGAACAGCAAAUGCUAUUUCAGUUGGAAACGGUGAGUUUCCUUCUUUCUUUUCAGAUACAUGGUUUGACCAGGGCCAGUUUGAAGCUCCUGUUCAAACAGAAUCAAGUUUGGGAUUAGCAGAAGGAAUUCUGUUUAAAAUACAUGAAAUCUCUCCUGAAUGGGGUUUGACCACAGAAAGUACAAAGGUUGUCAUCAUAGGGGACUUUUGUUGCAGGCCUUCAGAGUACACGUGGAAUGCGCUAUUUGGAGAUAUUGAAGUUCCUUUAGAAAUUGUUCGGGAUGGUGUUUUCCGUUGCUUAGCACCAGCGCAUGCUGCUGGAAAAGUCAAACUAUGCAUUACAACUGGCAACAAACAACCCUGUAGUGAAAUACAUGAAUUUGAAUUUCAUGAUAAGCUAAAAAACAUAAGUUCCAGAAACAUUGCACAAAAAACUGCAAUGCGCACCUCAGAGGAACUGUUGCUUCUUUUUAAAUUUGUUCAGUUACUUCUAUCUGAAAAUUUUAGUACAACAAUUCUUCAAGAGAGUAACGUUGAACUGGAAGUCAGUCCUUUGAGGAAGCUAAAGGGAUCCAAUGAUAGGUUGGAUCCAAUCAUUCAAAAAUUUGUAGCUGGUUCUGUAGCUUCAAAAGAUAUAAUGGAUGCAAUUCUUCAAGAACUAUUAAAACAUAAUUUGUACCACUGGUUAUCAUUUAGGCAUGAAACUGACAAAUAUCAGUUCUCCAAGAGAGAGCAAUGCAUCAUCCACAUGAUCGCUGGAUUGGGAUUUCUGUGGGCCUUACAUCCAAUUCUUGACUCUGGUAUAGGCAUAAAUUACCGUGAUUCUGAUGGAUGGACUGCACUUCAUUGGGCUGCAUAUUUUGGAAGGGAACAAAUGGUUGCUGCACUUCUUGCUGCUGGUGCUUCAGCUCGAGCUAUCACAAAUCCUAGUGAACAUGAUCCAGAAGGUAAAACACCAGCUUCUUUGGCAGCUGCCAAUGGCUACAAAGGUCUUGCCGGAUAUCUCUCCGAAGCUGCACUAACUACUCAUCUCUUUUCACUGACAACUGAAAAAAAUGAGAGGUCAGUCGAGUCUGCAUCUAAAGAGAUUGAUCGUGGUGUUGAAAGCAUAUCUCAGAGAAGUGCCAUUUUAGAUGGUGGCACAGAAGAUCAAUUAUCACUCAAAGAUUCGUUGGCAGCUGCCAGAAAUGCAGUUCAAGCUGCUGCUCGUAUACAAGCUGCUUUCCGUUCCUAUUCUUUGAGGAAGAAGCAACAAAAAGCUGCUUUAUGUCAAGACGGGGACAUUCUAUUCCCUCCAGAGAUGCAUAAAGUUUCUGUUGUGUCUAGGUUGCAUAACACAUUCCAAAGUUUUUAUGGUCAUAAGUUUGAUAAAGCAGUUUUAUUGAUCCAAAAGAAUUUUCGACGUUGGAAAAUCAGAAAAAAGUUUCUACUGCUACGAAAACAUGUUGUGAAAAUACAGUCUCAUGUAAGAGCCCAUUUAGCACGGAAAAUGUACAAGGAGCUCCUUUCGAGUGUCAACUUUCUGGAUAAGGCCAUAAUGCGAUGGCAUAGACGAGGUGUUGGUUUGAGAGGGUUUCAUGCUAAGCCAGAAUCAAUUGAUGAGAAGGAAGAAGAUGACAUAAUCAAGGUUUUCCGCAAACAAAAAGUGGAUUUAGCAACAGAUCAAGCUUUGUCAAGCGUCUUGUCGGUGGUGCAGAGUCCUAAAGCGCAGCUUCAGUAUCGCCGGAUGCUUGAAAGCUACCAACAAGCAAAGGCUGAUCUGGGUAAGAGAAGGAAAUAAAACAAAUGAGGUUUGGAAGAAUAAGGAAACAUGGUUUUUCUACCGAGGAAGGUUGGGCAGUUGGACUAAUCAUUCUCAGACACAGCAUAACAGAGGUGAAGUGGCAUCUUUUCUUUGUGCAGAUGAAUUCUGGUGUUGGUAAAUAAGUUUUUAGUGAUCUAGAUAUUAAAGCUCUGAUCAGCGUAAAUAUGCAAACCAAACAAUUUGUUGCAAGUCCUGUGUAUGUAGUCAUUGGUCAGUGUGCCGCGUACUUUCUUCUUGUUCAUAUCUUGUGAAUUUUGUUAACUAUGGUCAUUGAAUUCCAUAUCUGUUAUCUGUUGUCUGCUCAAUUUGUGCUUCGGAUUGUGCUACUUUGUGUUUAACUAAUUUACAAACUAUUUGGACGAGAUAUUCUCGAAAA